AUGAUAGACCCAGACGUCAAUCAACGUCUGCAAAACGACCUUAAAGAUCUCGCGCGCCAACUCACUCAAACCUCCCACUCCUCGUCCCACGAAGUCAAUGCGUACAACCCCGAACCUGGCAGUAAUCUCGAUCCACAGUCGCCAAACUUCGACGCGCGUGCGUGGGUCAAGGCUGUCAUUAAGCUGUGUCAGGGUGAUCCUCACGCUGCGCCGCCUCGCUUCCUGGGCGUUGCAUUCAAGGCUUUGAGCGCGUAUGGUUCGUCGAGCGGCAGCGAGCGCCAGUUGACGGCUUUGAACGUGGUGCCUAGAGCCAUCUCUUCUUUUGCAGGGCUGUUAGGGGCUAGCCGCAAGGGAAACCGGGUUGACAUCCUCCGGGACCUGGAGGGCGUUGUUGAGCAGGGAGAGCUUCUGCUCGUCCUUGGCCCUCCAGGUUCGGGAUGCUCCACGUUCCUCAAGACGCUCGCGGGCGAAACUAGCGGGUUUGAAAUUAGCAAAGACGCCUACUUGAACUAUAGAGGUAUCGACCGCAAACACAUCCAAGGCUCCCUCCGAGGCGAUGUCCUCUACAACGCCGAAGUCGACGCUCACCUCCCCCACCUCACAGUCGGCGAGACCCUAACAUUCGCCGCCCAAUGCCGCUCAGCGCGCCACAUCCCCGGCGGCACCCCUCAAGCCCAAGCCAGCAACAUAAUGCGCGACGUAAUAAUGUCCAUCUUCGGAAUCAGCCAUACCCACAACACCCGCGUCGGUGACGACUUCGUCCGUGGAGUCAGCGGCGGCGAGCGGAAACGCGUGAGUAUUGCGGAAGCAGCGCUAAGCGAGGCGAAGCUCCAGUGCUGGGACAAUUCCACCCGCGGCCUGGAUAGCGCGAAUGCGAUUAAUUUCUGUCAGAAUCUGCGUGCGCAGGCCGAUCUGCUUGGUGUGGCGAGUGCAGUUGCGCUGUAUCAGGCGCCGCAGGCGGCGUAUGAGCUGUUUGAUCGGGUUAUUGUGCUUUAUGAGGGGAGGCAGAUCUUCUUUGGGAAGGUGGAGGAGGCGAGGGGGUAUUUUGAGGAGUUGGGCUUUGAGUGCCCGGACAGACAGACCACGCCGGACUUUCUCACGUCAAUGACAAGCCCUGGUGAGCGGCGUCCAAGGACUGGAUACAAAAACAAGGUUCCCCGGAGCCCAGAUGAGUUCGCAGUCAGAUGGGAGCAAAGCCAGGCUCGACAGAGUCUGCUCAAAGAGCUCAAUGCCUACGAGGACAAGCAUCCGUCUGCCGAGCGUCUUGAGGAAUUCAAGACAUCUCGCCGCGCGGAGCAGGCAAAAAGCCAGCGGGCCAGCUCGCCAUAUGUGAUCUCUUACCUGCAGCAGGUACGCCUGACGGUCUGGCGAGGGUACAGGCGACUACUGGCGGACCCUGGAUUCACUGUCGCCUCGCUCCUGUUCAACCUUAUUGUUGCCCUCCUGCUUGGCAGCAUGUACUAUGAUCUGAAACCGGACACUUCGUCUCUCUACUACCGCGGAGGCAUCGUGUUCUACGCGCUCUUGUUUAACGCGUUUGCCAGCCAGCUCGAGGUCCUAACCGUCUACGCCGAACGUCCCAUCGUCGAAAAGCAAAACCGCUACGCCUUCUACCACCAAUCCGCACAGGCAAUCGCAAGCUACAUCAUGGACCUCCCCUACAAAACAAUCAACAUGGUCGUCUUCAACCUUGUCAUCUACUUCAUGUCGAACCUCCGCCGCGAAGCAGGCGCUUUCUUCUUCUUCUGCCUGACAACAUACAUCCUCACCCUCGUCAUGUCGUGCCUCUAUCGCUUGCUGGCGAAUAUCACCCGUGCAGCGUACCAGGCGAUGGUCCCCAGUGCGAUCUUGAGUCUGGGGUUGAUUAUAUAUACGGGGUAUACGAUCCCUGUGGAGUAUCUUCCGGGGUGGUCGAGGUGGAUGAAUUAUGUUAAUCCGUUUGCGUAUGCAUUUGAGGCACUCAUGGUGAAUGAGUUUCAUGGGAGGGUGUUUUCCUGUGCUGAGGUUGUUCCUCGUGGGGCCUGGUAUCAGAGUUUGUCUGAUGAAUCAAGGGUCUGCGCGGCCGUUGGUGCGAUCCCUGGGUCUACGAUUGUUAGUGGGGAUAGCUAUAUCGCGUUGACAUUUGGGUACUACAACGAGAACAAGUGGAGAGACGUCGGAAUACUGAUCGCUUUCUUGGUCUUCUUCUUCGGCAUAUACCUCAUCGCUGCCGAGUAUGCCAAGCCACCGCGGAGCAAGGGCGAGGUGCUCGUCUUUUCUUCUCGCAAGCUGCCGCAUCAUUCCAAGACCAACGCAAAUGAUCUGGAGUUGCAGCCUACUGGACGGGGAGAUACUCUCCACGCAACCAGGGACACAUACAUCGGGUACGAUGUUGAUCGACCUAGGUCGACAGAGAACGCCGCGAUAUUCCACUGGGAGGACCUGUGCUACACCGGAGUAUCCGGCGCUGGCAAAACCACGCUCCUCGACGUGCUCGCCAACCGAGUCUCCGUUGGCGUUGUCUCCGGCAGCACAUUCAUCAAUGGUGCACCAACCGACUCCUCCUUCCAGCAUCGUGUCGGCUACGUACAGCAACAGGAUCUCCAUCUCAGCACGAUGACCGUCCGCGAAGCACUCGAGUUCAGCGCCCUCCUACGGCAAUCAGCCGAGAUAGCCACGAAGGAAAAGCUAGACUACGUCGACUACGUCAUCGACCUUCUCGAGAUGCAGUCCUUUGAGCACGCCGUGAUCGGAACCCCGGGUGAAGGCCUCAACGUCGAGCAGCGCAAACGGCUCACAAUUGGCGUGGAACUUGCCGCGAGGCCGCAGCUGCUCCUUUUUCUUGAUGAACCGACCUCGGGACUAGACUCCCAGACAUCCUGGGCAAUUUUGCAACUGAUCAAGAAGCUCACUGCGAGCGGCCAGGCGGUCCUCUGUACGAUCCAUCAACCGUCGGCGUUGCUGUUCGACCAGUUUGAUAGACUCCUGUUGCUUGCGCCUGGUGGUAAAACAGUGUAUUUUGGAGAUCUAGGGACGAACUCGAGGACGCUUAUUGAGUACCUGGAGAGGAACGGAGCACCGAUGUGUCCGCCUGGAGCGAACCAAGCCGAGUGGAUGCUCGAUGUGAUCAGGCAGUCGACCGAUGAUGAGCACAAGACCUCUGACUGGCACCGGGUUUGGCGGGAGAGCCCUGAGUUUCGCGCAGUCAAGGCUGAACUAGGGCGGCUACGCAGCCUUGCUCUAGAGGCAGAGAGCGGAGGCGAUGCGCUGAGUGCAGCCCAGAGCGAGCCCUCGCAGCAUCGUGAGUUUGUUGCCUCGUACUGGAGGCAGCUCUGCGUGGUCCUUGACAGGACAGGGAAACAUUUCUGGCGGUCGCCUGGAUAUCUCUGGUCGAAGAUUGCUCUGGUUAUCCUCUCGUCUCUCUACAUUGGCCUCAGCUUCCGCGCAAAGAACUCCAUCCAGGGCCUCUCGAACCAGCUCUACGCGAUCUUCAUGUUCCUCGUCAUGUUCAACAAUAUCAACGAGCAGAUUAUGCCCAUGUUCGUGCCGCAGCGGUCUUUAUACGAGACCCGCGAAAGGCCGUCGAAGAUCUACCACUGGACAACAUUCCUCCUCUCCAACAUCCUCGUCGAAGCCGGCUGGAACACACUCAUGUCUGUCCUCAUCUACGUCUGCUGGUACUACCCCAUCGGAUUCGUCGCCAACACCGCAGUCGAGGACAGGGAGAUCAGGGGGUUCCUGGUCUUCCUGUUCCUGUGGAUGUUCAUGCUCUUCACCAGCACGUUCUCGCAUUUUGCCAUCACGUGGGUCCCGAAUGCAGAGAUUGGAGGGGUCAUCGCGAGCCUGCUGUGGAUGUUUUGUUUGGUCUUUUGCGGCGUCGCAAUCCCCAAAGCCGACUUCCCCACCUUCUGGAAAUUCAUGCACCCCGUCUCCCCCGGUACAUAUCUCGUCGGCGGGGUCAUGGCCGCAGCCCUCGGCGGCGCAAACGUAACAUGCACAGAGACCGAGAUGCUCGAGAUCGCGGCCCCCUCGAAUCUUUCCUGCGGCGCCUUUCUGGAUCCCUUCGCGACCGAGACGGGAGGCAACCUCCUCAACCCGGACGCGAUGGAUACGUGUCGGUACUGUGUCAUUUCAACGACGGAUCAGUUCCUCUCUAGAUUUGAUAUCUACUAUAAGGAUGCGUGGAGGAAUUUUGGGGUGCUGUGGGUUUAUAUACUCUUUAACGUGGCCGCUGCGGUGGCAUUGUAUUGGGUGUUUAGGGUGCCGAGGAGGGGGCGGAAACAGUAG